CUCUUCCCCGUGUCAGUGUCACGCUAAAGUCUUCGUCAUGGCAACUCCGCUGAGCGACCAGGAGAAGCGGAAACAGAUCAGCAUCAGGGGGAUUGUGGGAGUGGAGAAUGUAGCCGAGCUGAAGAAAGGCUUCAAUCGCCACCUGCACUUCACUCUGGUGAAAGAUAGAAACAUCGCGACGCCCAGGGAUUAUUACUUUGCCCUGGCUCACACUGUGAGGGACCACCUGGUGGGCAGAUGGAUCAGAACCCAGCAGUUUUACUAUGAAGUUGACCCGAAGCGGGUUUAUUAUCUGUCUCUGGAGUUCUACAUGGGCAGGACGCUCCAGAACACGAUGAUCAACUUGGGCCUGCAGAAUGCCUGUGACGAGGCGAUCUACCAGCUCGGCCUGGACAUGGAGGAGCUGGAGGACAUGGAGGAGGAUGCAGGAUUGGGUAACGGAGGUCUGGGCAGACUGGCAGCAUGCUUCUUAGAUUCCAUGGCCACCUUGGGUCUUGCUGCUUAUGGUUACGGUAUCCGCUAUGAAUACGGAAUCUUUAACCAAAAGAUAAGAGAUGGCUGGCAGGUGGAGGAGGCAGACGAUUGGCUGAGGCACGGAAACCCCUGGGAGAAGGCGCGUCCUGAGUACAUGCUGCCAGUCCACUUCUACGGACGAUUAGAGGAUACACCAGAUGGUUCCAGAUGGGUUGACACGCAGGUAGUUCUGGCGAUGCCCUAUGAUACGCCUAUACCUGGCUACAUGAACAACACGGUGAACACCAUGAGGCUGUGGUCCGCUCGAGCGCCCAAUGACUUUAACUUGAGAGACUUUAAUGUUGGUGAUUACAUCCAGGCCGUUCUGGACAGAAACCUGGCGGAGAACAUCUCUCGUGUGCUUUACCCCAACGAUAAUUUCUUUGAAGGGAAGGAGCUCCGUUUAAAGCAGGAAUACUUUGUCGUGGCCGCCACGCUCCAAGACAUCAUCCGCCGCUUCAAGACCACAAAGAAAGCAAACACGGCUCACCGCUCCUUUGAGAGCUUCCCAGAUAAAGUUGCCAUCCAGCUGAACGACACUCAUCCGGCCAUGGCUAUCCCCGAGCUGAUGAGAAUCUUUGUGGACAUCGAGAAGCUUGACUGGGACACGGCCUGGGACCUGACCACGCGUACCUUUGCGUACACCAACCACACAGUUCUCCCUGAGGCACUGGAGCGAUGGCCUGUGGCGCUGAUGGAGACGCUGCUACCCAGACACCUGCAGAUCAUCUACCAGAUCAACCAGAUCCACCUCAAUCGGAUUGCGGCGCUCUUCCCAGAUGACCUUGACAAACUGCGUAAAAUGUCACUGAUUGAAGAAGAAGGGUGUAAGAGGGUCAACAUGGCGCACCUGUGCAUCGUGGGAUCGCAUGCUGUCAACGGAGUUGCUGAGAUACACUCCAACAUCAUCAAGACUCAAGUAUUCCGCAAUUUCAGUGAACUGGAACCAAACAAGUUUCAGAAUAAAACCAACGGCAUCACUCCCAGGCGCUGGCUGCUGCUGUGUAACCCCGGGCUGGCCGAGCUUCUUGCCGAGGUCAUCGGGGAGGAUUAUGUCAAAGACCUGAGCCAGUUACGCAAGCUGCUCGACUUUGUCGACGAUGCCGUCUUCAUCCGAGACGUCUCUAAAGUCAAACAGGAAAACAAGGUGAAAUUUGCCCAGUUUUUGGAAAAAGAGUACAAAGUGAAAAUAAACCCGUCCUCCAUGUUUGACGUGCACGUGAAGAGAAUCCAUGAGUACAAGCGGCAGGUCCUCAACUGCUUGCACAUCAUCGUCAUGUAUAACCGCAUCAGAAAGAAUCCCACUGCACCUUUUGUACCUCGAACAGUGAUCAUCGGUGGCAAGGCUGCUCCUGGUUACCACAUGGCAAAGAUAAUUAUCAAGUUGAUCACAACGGUGGCUGAUGUGGUGAACAAUGAUCCUGUGGUGGAAGAUAAACUGAGGGUUAUCUUUCUGGAGAACUACAGGGUGUCUCUAGCGGAAAAAGUGAUCCCUGCUACAGAUUUGUCACAGCAGAUCUCCACUGCUGGCACUGAGGCCUCAGGAACAGGCAACAUGAAGUUCAUGCUGAAUGGAGCCCUCACCAUCGGCACCAUGGACGGCGCCAAUGUGGAGAUGGCAGAGGAGGCUGGAGAGGAGAACCUCUUCAUCUUUGGCAUGAGAGUGGAAGAUGUAGCUGAACUGGACAAAAAGGGAUACGAUGCCAUGACUUACUAUACGAAGAUUCCUGAGUUGAAACAAGUGAUUGACCAGAUGAAGAGUGGAUUUUUUAGCCCCAAAACUCCUGACCUUUUCAAAGACCUCACUAACAUGCUUUUCAACCAUGACCGUUUCAAAGUGUUUGCUGACUUCGAAGACUAUGUGAAAUGCCAAGAGAGAGUCAGCGAACUGUACAAGAAUCCGAAGGAGUGGACAAAGAUGGUGAUCAGGAACAUCGCUGCCACAGGAAAGUUCUCCAGCGACCGAACAAUCACAGACUACGCCACCGAGGUGUGGGGAGUCAAGACCACGGACUUGAAGAUUCCACCUCCAAACGAGCCCAGAGAGGCCAUUGAUGAAACUGUCAGAGCUCUGAAGCACAUGUGAAGUCAUUUUGCAGUGAAAUUGCUCUCGUCAGGUUGACAACGCAUUCACCAGGCCAUUAUCUUCUUACAUCUCAAGUUGGACAAACCUUCAUUUCAUGGUCAGAUCAUAAAUCACAUCGGCUGGCUUUUUAUUGUCAAACCUGCUGCAGUGAUACUUUGUCUGUUACAGUCCUUCUGCAGGAAACCUAAUGUCCUUGUGGAGAAUGUCAAGUAAUACUUGGUAACUUUUGCCAUUUUUAACUUUCUUAAGGAAGAGAGCAGGUGAUGUUUAUUUGCAGAUGUUUAUCCUGUUCACACUGUUUUCUACUAUGCAUACAGAACUAACCUGGCAAAGGAAAAAUACAAACCAAUUCCAUGUCAUCUAACAUAUUUCUUCCCACUGGUGAAAUAAAGUAUUAAUAUAUAGAUA